AAAAUGAACAGAAGAAAACUCUCAGCUCCAGAACUCGGCCAGACACCAAGAAAGCGCGUAAGAUUCUGGAAGAGAAGAUUCACCUUCGAAGACCUUAAUAUAAAUCCUCAAGUCCAAAACCCAAACUUCACCAGGAAACUCAAACUCAAGAUUAAAUAAAAGGAACAAGUUUUUAUUCAAUACUUUCCAGCCCUGUGCUAGAAGUAAUAAGAAAUCUUGAACAACCAGGAAUCAUUACAAGACUCCCAAAAAUCCACCAGUCACAAAAAAGCAAAAUUCAUCUAUAGGUUGAAGUAUACAGCUAAGAAAGUCGUUCCAGAAUUUAAUGAACUUGAGAACUGUUUUAAAUCCUAUUUCGAUGCUAAAGAUAAAAAAAUCGUAUGAAAUGAAUUCCACCCCAAGAAUCUCAUCCAAAGCCCUAACCACAAAUCCAUCCCAAAAAUCAAGAACAAGAUACCAAACCCUCUUCCAGCCAAUCCAUGUGAACGGAGUCAAAAAAAUCUUUGUCAAUGUCUUUAAAAGCAAGAAAUCUAACAAGAUAAAAUUUUUAUAAUUUUGAAG